UCAACGAGGGGGGUGGGGUUAGGGUCGGCAACGCGCAUGUAACUCCUCUGGAGUUGCAGGCGUACAUAGGCUACGGAGACUGCUUACUAUCAGGCAGGCCGUAUGCUUGUUUGCCACCGACGUAGUAUAAAAAAAAAAAUUAAGUCCCGUUUUAGUCAGUUUUUUUUUGUUAACCUUUUGACCGAGGAUAAUCAGACUUCGUGCGUUCCCAUAUGGCUCACGAUGACACGCCGCGUUCGAUAGAUGUGGCAUUCAAAGGGUUAAAGAUUAUUGUGUAUGUUAAAGGUUACGCUUGUAUUUUUUUUUAAAUACAGGAAACCGAAAGUUGCUCCGGUCAAAGAGAAGAAAACGUUACCGAAGCGUGCGGCGAAGGCAGCCCCUGCCCAGGAAGAGGUGGCCACCAACACGAGACUUCUCAGGAACUCCCGCGACCCUCCGCCGCCAAACCCGGACGUGUACGAGUUCGACGAACUAGAAGGCUCUCGGCCUCCCUCGGGCCUCCGCCGCCGCAACCAGCCCACCCCCGACCCCCCCGCGCAGAGCCCCGAAAGCAUACAAUACAUGGACAUAUGCCCUACAAGCUCUCAACUAGCCAAAAUUAAUACCAAACAAAAAGAAGUUGGGAACGUACUUAGUGUCAGCUUGGUACCUGAGGACGAUAUAUAUAAGAAGCGGAAGAAUUUGAUAGAUAAUCUGACGAAUAGUCCAGCGCUGUUAAACAAGAUUUUCAACUCCUUACCGACAGAACUUCAGAACGAGCUUGGGAGCUUGGCCACGGAGGGGACUGGGCGGGAGGAGGCUUAUUUGGACGAAAAGGCGGGGACGGUCUUAGAGGCACCCACGUACUAUCCUACGGUUGAGGAGUUUGAGGUAAUAUAUUAGUGUUUAU